AGUAUAAAAUGGGUGGAAGAAAACUGAUUGGGAUGAGUGAGAAAUUGGUAUCAGAGAUCGAUGGAAGAGAGAGAGAAAGCGCCACAAAUCCUGCAAGUGCUGGAAGCUCUCAAACAAGCCACGCGCCAAAUCCAAGGACACCACACCUCCGAUUCUCCGGCGGUGAAGGCGCUUCUCGAGUUUCAAACCAUUCUCUCAUCGUCAGACCCCAAACUCUACGCGCUUUCGGAGUACCUUAAUCGCCUCAAAACCCUCGUCCACUCUCUCAACAACUCCAAGGGCCUCCGAUCGUUCCUCACUCGCCCCCUCUCCACGCACUCCCUCUCUCGGCUCGCCGUCUCCAUCGAGUCCGAAAUCCAAGCGUGGAUCGACCGCGAAACGCUCCUCACCCUCUCCACUUCGCUACGGAACCCCGGUGAUGGUAUUAGCGAGUUGGUCGCGCUGUUGACUCAGUUUCGGGACCGAAUCUCCCAGGGAUUUAAUCGCGAGUUGCAGGACUUGGUUCUCAAACUCAAGCUAUUCCACUCGUUGGAAACAGUUCUCCUGGAUGAAAAGUGUGCGGACCGGGUUCGCGAGCAGGCCGGUCUUGCCGUCGCGGCGCUGAUCCGGUUCAAUAAAGACGUGUUCGUGGGUCAGGUUAUGAUGGGCCCAACCGUGCGGGCUUUGGUGUCGAUGGGCUCUGUUCACUCGGUAGAGGUGUUGUGCUCGCUGAUCAGGUCUAUCAGGUCUCCUCUGGUGGACGAGAUCGAAUCGAACGGCGAGAUUCCGAGGGUGAUAGCGCUGUUGAAUUCCCGCGAUUUGCAGCUGCAGGUGCUGGCGUUGGAGUGUGUGUUGGAGAUUGGGUACUUCGGACGCAAGGAAGCGGUGGAGGCUAUGGUGAAGGAGGGGUUGGUGGAGAAGCUGGUAGAGUUGCAGAGGUCGGAGAACGGUGGCGAUUUGAUUGAGAUUGGGAAAGAAAGAGUUUGUGGGGUUUUGGAAAGACGCCCUUUUGCGAGCUGCGUAGCAAAGUUUGCGGUGCAGUUGGAGGUUGGGGAAGGGCUGCGGCAGAGAGAGAAGAGGGCAGUUAAACCGGAGAUUUUGGUGAGAGUCAGAGAAGCUUCUCUUUCUGAUGCCGAAGCUGCCACCAUUGCUGCUGAAGUUUUGUGGGGUUCUUCGCCAUAGAUUAUUUUCUGCAAACAAGACGGCGAAGGAAGUAGGGAAGUUCUUCUUUCCAAUAUCUAAAGCUGCUACUGUAUAUUCUGAACUCACCCAACAAUUUCAUUGUAGUUACUUAGUUAUGGUUGAGUUGAGUUUGUUAGUUGUGUAUGUAAAGAUUGGGAUUUUAGGAACGGGAAGUUCAAUUCAGCUCAUAAAUUGUGCUAUUAUCGAAUUUUUUUUCUCAGUCAGGGAAUGAAUAACAAAUCAAUUCUCAUUGUUAUGUUAUGCAAGUUCUAAUCAUAUUAGUAUUUGUUCAGCUGAUUGGAUUAUUGAAUUUUAAAGUAAUUAAUGGUGAGUUUGAAAGCUUGAAAA